AUGCCAGUUUCUUGGACAAAGGCAAGAGACAGCACCCACGUCCUCAGUACUCCCUCUUCCCAGAAGACUCCGUAUCUACAUGGCCUCACCCACAGCAACAGACUUAAGCCACAUUUGAAGUCUUCUAUGUCAGAGCAGGCAAAGGCUGAGCCGUCACGGAGGUUGGCAAAUCAUAUCAGAGACACUUACGUUAUUUCCGCCUGUAAGAAACCCAGAAGUGCUCCUCUUCUCCCGGACUCUGGAGAGAAACUGACACUUCGGAGGCGGACUACCAGGAGCAAAGACUCACUUUUGCCAGAUGAACAGCUGGGAGACACCACUGAAAACCCCCCAGAAAUUCAGCUUCCCUUAGGUCACACUAAAACAGGGCAGGAAGAAAAGCAAAAAACAGCACAGGAGGGGGAAGGAGAACACACAAAUGUUCUAAGCACAAAUGUGAAGCUUGUGAUGGCUGAUAAAGACUCUCUCACAACAGCUCUCGGGCCGUUAGCUGAUGACCCCAAAGACAGGCUGGUUGAUAAAAAAUGCGAAGGAACAUUUUUAGUGCCCAGCAGGGCAAAUGAACCUGGUUCUCCCAAGGGUUUGAGUAACAGAGCACCUGGUGGAUCCCAGCGUCAGAAUCUCCCCAAAGCAGCUGAGAGCAAGGGAGUCGGCCAAGUGCCUGGAACAGGAAACUUCCAACCUGCAAGAGUCAGGAAGGAUGUAAAACAAGCAGACAAAUUGGGAAGCUUUGAAAAAACAACACCUGCAAAAUGUGCUUCGGAGUGCAGGUGGACGCCAAAGUGCAGCACCCCGAAGCCUAAGAGUCCCGCUGUCUCCAUACUGAGAGAUAGGAUUUCCGGCCCACAAGGCAGACCUAAAUCACAAUGUGCCCAUCCUUCAGACAGACCUGAGAGGGCCCAGGAAGUCACACUCAGGUCCACAGAGGAAACCAUGGCUCAGAGCUUUCUGGCAGACUUGGACUCCUUAAAGGUAGAGAACAGUCAAGUGACAGUUGCAGUUCGUGUCCGCCCCUUCAGCACAAGAGAGAAAAUGGAAAAAGCAUCCCAAGUGGUCUUCCAGAAGGGGAAAGAAAUAGCUGUGGAGCAUCUGGACAUGAAACAAGUUUAUCAUUUUGCUUAUGAUGUUUCCUUUUGGUCCUUUGAUGAAAGCCAGGCUGACUAUGCCAGUCAGAGCACUGUGUACACGACACUGGCGGCCCCUCUCCUCCAACGGGCCUUCGAUGGCUAUAAUACCUGUCUGUUUGCUUAUGGUCAAACAGGUUCUGGGAAAUCAUACACGAUGAUGGGAUUUAGUGAAGAACCAGGAAUAAUUCCAAGAUUUUGUGAAGAUCUUUUUGCUCAAGUAGCCAAAAAACAAAGCCAAGAGGUCAUCUAUCAACUUGAAAUGAGUUUCUUUGAAGUAUAUAAUGAAAAAAUUCAUGACCUCCUGGUUGGUAAAGGUGAAAAUAGGCAGAGAAAGCAACCACUGAGAGUGAGGGAGCACCCUGUUUCCGGACCCUAUGUGGAAGCGCUGUCAAUGAAUGUUGUCAGUUCUUAUGCUGAUAUCCAGAGCUGGUUAGAGCUUGGAAAUAAGCAGAGGGCGACUGCUGCUACUGGCAUGAAUGACAAAAGUUCCCGGUCUCAUUCCGUGUUUACGCUGGUGAUGACCCAGACCAGGACAGAGCUUGUGGAAGGGGAAGAACACGAUCACAGGAUAACCAGCCGCAUCAACCUCAUCGAUCUGGCCGGCAGUGAGCGUUGCUCCACAGCGCACACUAGUGGAGAUCGCAUGAAGGAAGGUGUGAGUAUAAACAAGUCCUUGCUAACACUGGGAAAGGUCAUAUCUGCACUCUCAGAACAAGCCAAUCGGAAGAAGGUUUUUAUCCCAUAUCGCGAGUCUGUUCUCACCUGGCUGUUGAAAGAAAGCCUAGGUGGAAAUUCAAAGACAGCCAUGAUCGCCACUAUUAGCCCUGCAGCCAGCAGCAUGGAGGAGACGCUGAGCACCCUCAGAUAUGCCAGCCAGGCCCGCAUGAUAGUCAACGUCGCUAAAGUUAAUGAGGAUGUGAAUGCCAGGUUAAUUCGAGAGCUGAAAGCAGAGAUUGAGAAGCUAAAGGCUGCCCAGAGAAACCACCGGAAUAUUGACCCUGAACGGUACAGAAUGUGCCAGCAGGAAAUCACAUCUCUGAGAAUUAAGCUACACCAGCAGGAGUGGGACAUGGUGCAGCUGCAAAGGAUGUGGAAAGAAAAAUUUGAAAAGGCUGAAAAAAGGAAGCUUCAGGAAACAAAGGAAUUACAGAAAGCAGGAAUCACAUUUCAGAUGGACAAUCACUUGCCAAAUCUUGUCAACCUCAACGAGGAUCCCCAGCUCUCUGAGAUGCUGCUGUAUAUGAUCAAGGAAGGAACAACCACGGUGGGGAAGUAUCAACCCGACUCCACUCACGACAUCCAGUUGUCUGGGGUGCUGAUUGCUGAUGACCACUGUUCUAUCAGAAACAUUGGUGGCACUGUCAGUAUCACCCCCACUGGGGACGCGAAGACUUAUGUGAAUGGAAAACACAUUUUAUUACCCACUGUCUUACAUCAUGGUGAUCGAGUGAUUCUUGGUGGAGAUCAUUAUUUCCGGUUUAACCAUCCUGGAGAAGUUCAAAAAGAGAAAAGACCUUCCUGCAGAGAAACUUCCGUGACUGAGGGCCCAAAAGACUUUGAAUUUGCCAAAAACGAGUUGCUCGUGGCUCUGAGAUCACAACUGGAAGAAGAAAUAAAAGAGGCCCAGCUGAAAGCAAAGGAAGAAAUGACACAAGGAAUCCAGAUUGCCAAAGAGAUGGCUCAGCAGGAGCUUUCAUCUCAGAAAGCUGCCUACGAAAGCAAAAUCAGAGCCUUGGAAAUAGAACUGCAAGAAGAAAUUAAGAGUAAGAAAAUGCAGGAAAUAAAUCACCAGAAGGCUAGUCACAAGAUUGAAGAAUUGGAAAUGGCAAAGCAGCGACUUGAACAAGAAGUGGAUGUCAACAAUAAGCGCCUAAAAAUGGAGGCUUUGGCUGCAAAACAGGCUUUAGAAGACCACAGAAUUCGUCAUGCAAGAAUUCUGGAAGCUUUAGAGUUGGAGAAGGAAAAAAUUGCUAACGAAGUACAAAUUCUGCAGCAAAAUCAGAGUAACAGGGAUAAAAGAUUUACAAUUCAGCCCAAUUGGAGCUCCUUGAAACUCUCCAUGAUGAUUCAGGAAGCCAAUACCAUUAGCAACAGACUUAAAAAAUAUUAUGUCUUCAGCAGACAUUACGUAUCUGAUAAAGGAAGUCGUCCUAAUACUUCUAUUCAGGUUCGCAACCUACAACUAGGGAUCUCAACUUUUUGGAGUCUGGAAAAAUUUGAGUCUAAGCUUGCUGCCCUGAAGGAACUUUAUGAGAGUGACAGUAACAGCAAGUAUGAAGAUGUCUUUUGUGACCCUGAGGAUGAAUGGGAGCCAGACAUCACAAGUGUUCCAGUUUCUCUCUUUUCUAGGAGGAGGAGUCGGAGUCUGAUGAAGAACAGAAGAAUUUCUGGCUGUUUACAUGAUGUCCAAGACCACCCUGUUCAGAACUUAAGUUCUUCACAUUCGUCAGGAAUGAUGGAGAAAUCAAGCAUCAUUUAUCCAAACACAGCAGAGUCAGUUAUUCCUGGAAUUUGCAAAGAAUUGAUAUGCUCAUCCUUAGAUGUUUUUGAACAGAGUUACAAUGAAGAAAAAACCAUGGCAGAUAGCCUGUUGAGUAAUUUUCUUAAAAUUUAUAAUGGGCUCUAUGCCAUUUUGAAAGUUUAUGAAGAACAAGAUGAAGAAAGCCAAGAUAACUUGUUUUCUGAUCGGGGAACCCAGUCACUCACUCUCCAAGUCACAUUUGCUUUUGGGCAUCUUGCGAUGCUGAUGCAACACUGGCUGGCUGGCAUCCCUCCCUGUUAUAAUUCACCGAGACUGGAAGACGAGUUGAGACAGGAAGUAAAACAAAUAGGAGGCUACUUACAAUUGUUUUUGCAGGGCUGCUCCUCAGAGAUUUCGUCGAUGGUAAAGGAGGCACAUGGUAAAGUCACCCAGACUGUGCAGCAAGCUGUCAAGUCAGUGGGGCAGUUGGCAGUUCUGACGGGGAGCAAGCUGCACUUUCUAGAAAACAUCAGCAAGGCCACCAGUGUCCAGAAGGAGUUCUUAGAUGCUAUCUAUGAUGGUGUCAAUAUAGGAAUGAAGAUCCUUUUCAAUUCUGGACUAGAACAAGCAAAAGAACUUCAGCUUUCUCUCUCAAGGCAGGAUGCCCACUGUGAGGUUUCCAGGCAGAUGAAAGCUCAUAUCAUGGAACUGAUCGUUUCUCUGGAAAACUUCUUUACUGAAUGGAAAACAAAAAGUUGCAGCACUCAAGGACAAGAAGAAAAUCCCGAGUACCACAAUUUGAAAACGAUGGCUAAUCUCGCCUCCAAAUUCUUGAAGUUAAAUCAGUGCUUAGAACAAACUCUUCAAAUGACUAUUUCUGCACUAAGAGGACUCCCCACUGAUAAGAAUGUCUUCAAGAACAGCAUCGAAAAUCUCUGUAGCUUGGUUGGGGGCCUACAAGCAGGCCUUGCAGUCCACACGACCUCUACUGAUGGUGGUGGCAAGAGAGGCCCUGGCUUUGGGCUCCAGGAACUGGCAUCUGCUGCUAGGUCUCUCCUGCUCUGUUUGGAUCCUGACACAAGCCCGGAUAUUCAAAGGCUUUGGGUGGCUUGUUCCGAGAGCAGAAGAGGCGGCUCUGAAAGUAGUAACAACACAUCUGGGCCCGAGCCUGAGCAAGUCUGGGAACCCUUUACCACUGCCCCGACCAUAAACUCAGGGGACUAUACGCACAGGAGGAUUCAGUGGGUGUGAGCACGGGAAAGCACCGUAUGUGAGAAAGACAGAGCGUGAAUCCAC